UAGCUAUAUAGCUGGUAUUGCUUAGUGCAUUUACUCUGCACAGAUCAGUUUGCUCACUUUCUGCUGCUAAAGAAAGCAUCUUCAACCUCAGUACGAUUGAUCAAGCUGCAGGGGAACAUCGAUUAACAUGGAUGCCGCCGCUGUGGACAAGAAGAAGAAGCUGCUGCUGGCGGAGGGGCUGUUGCUCCCGGCGAGCAUGGUGCUGGUGCAGGCCUUCACCAUGGGAGCCCUCAUCCUGUCCAAGCUUGCCUUGAACGUCGGUAUGGCGCCUUUUGUCCUCCUCGCCUACCGCAACCUCAUCGGUGCCAUCACCGUUGCACCCUUCGCCUUCUACUUUGAGAGGGAGAUGGUGAAAAAGGUGAACUUGAAGGUAUGGGGCUGGAUCUCCAUCAACGCUUUGUUUGGAAUUGUGCUAGCAAUGGGACUGCACUACUAUGGCCUGCGCGCCACCAACGCGGCCUACUCUGUCAAUUUCCUUAAUGUGAUCCCCGUUAUCACCUUUAUCAUUGCUGUAAUACUCCGAGUAGAGCGGCUGAAGAUCGGCACAUGCCCAGGCAAGAUGAAGGUCAUCGGUGCGGCGAUUUGCGUGGGGGGAACCAUGGUGAUCAGCAUGUACAAAGGCAAGCUGCUGCAUCUCUGGCCAACCCACCUGCUGAAACCGCAGCUGCAGGCGGCUGGUGCAGCAUCCUCUGUCCCUGACCACCACAACAUGCUCAUCGGCACGCUCUUCUUAGCCGGCAGCUGCCUCAGCUACGCCUUCUGGUUCAUCAUACAGGUUCGAGUGUCCAAGGAGUUUCCGUCCAAGUACUUCUCGACAAUGCUGGCGUGCGUGUCGGGGACCGUGCAAGCGGUGGUGAUCGGGGUCAUGAUCGACAGGCGUCCAAUGGCAUGGGCGCUCAAGUGGAAUCUGCAGCUGCUCACCGUCGUUUACUCGGGGGUGUUCAACACUGGCUUCAGCUUUUGCUUGAUCUUGUGGGCCGUGUCUCGCCGCGGGCCAACGUAUCCUUCCAUGUUCAACUCGCUGUCGCUGAUAAUCACCAUGGUCCUCGACUCGGUGCUGCUUGGCACCGAUCUCUCUGUGGGGAGCUUGCUAGGGGCGAUGUUGAUCAUCGCAGGACUGUACGCCUUCCUCUGGGGGAAAGGGAAGGAAGUGCAAGAGCAGGGCAAGCAAAUCGGGGCGGCAGCGAGCGAAGACGAGAGCAAGGGCAGUGGCGCGGCGGCGGGUGAUGGGCUGGACAGCGUGCAGGUUGGGAAGAACGAGGUGCGAAUUCGCAUGGAAGUGAGCACACAUAUGUAGACAUAAGUAUUGGCGCACAAGGCAAUGAAAGGAGUCUAAUCAAGAUGAACGGUCGAGAUCCGUCUAGGUUGGAAGUGGACCGAAGCUCUGAUUGUAUAUACAUAUUUAUUAUGUAUGUCGACUACGCAAACUCGUAUUUUCUCGAGAUAAGAACAACUCAAAUAGAUUCUUUAAAAUCCUCCCACCUUCUAAAAUCGUCAAAAUAGACAAAACAGACUAACAUAUUCCCUAAAGCAUCCAUAUCCCUAGAAUUUUUAGAGGUUCCUCGAGUGAAUUGCAAAAACAACCACAUUUGGGGCACUGAUAACAUAACUCUGAAGUGGUGUUGGGCCGAUCUGAAGAAAGAGAAGGAGAAGCUGGAUGUUUGCAUUGCUGAGCUGAUGAAAGAUAAUGAGAAGUGGAGCAUUGAGAAGAGUGCUAUGGAGUGCUGCA